AUUAAUUAGUUUUAGUACUUUACUCGUAGAAUCGUAGUUAUUGCCAAGCAUUUUUCAGGUGAAGGGGUACAUAGUAAUUUUGUUAGGACUUAUCUGAGAAGAAAAAAAAAAGAAAACGAAAAGCAACAGACUUAAACCCCGGCCGAUUUUAAAUUCGACGGUGCACAUAUAUACAUACUCACUCCAUAUAGAUGUACGCAAACGCUGCCAUAGCUACACCACACUCCCAUUUUUCUACUUCUUCUUCUUCUUGGCAAUGGAACAAGAACAACAUCAGCCUUUUUCCCUCUUCCCAAAAGUCCUUGUUCUCACCUCCACAGCAGCCUCCGACCCUUUUCAUAUCUGCAGCUUCUCCUUCCAAUGGGAAUUUUGUUAGCGGCGAAGAUGAAAGCUCCGUUAAUAUUAGCAGCACCUCAAGUGGGUCGUCGGCGGCGAAAGGGUCGGGCACGAGUGCGAGAAGUCGGAGGCUCCUGAAGAUUCGGGAAGAGAAGAGGAAACGGGAGCACGAUCGACUCCAUAAUUAUCCUUCUUGGGCAAAAGUUUUGGAAGAUGCUUGCAAAGAUGACACCGAGCUCCGAGCUGUUCUUGGUGAUAGCAUAGGCAAUCCUGAGCUUAUGAGGAAGAAGGUUGAAGAAAGAGUUCGGACAAAGGGUAGAGACUUCAGCAAAUCAAAAACCGGUUCUGUUCUUGCUUUCAAAGUCAGCUUUAGAGACUUCAACCCUAUUGAUUCUUACAUAUGGUUUGAACUAUAUGGUUCACCGACUGAUCGAGAUGUUGAUAUUAUUGGUAGUGUUAUUCAAUCAUGGUAUGUCCUCGGUCGCUUAGGUUCAUUCAACUCUUCUAAUCUUCAGUUGGCCAAUUCAUCCGUAGAGUAUGAUCCUCUUUAUGAUGCAGAGAAGGGUUUCAAAGUUAUGCCCUCAUCAUUUCAUGACAUCAGUGACGUUGAAUUUCAGGACAACUGGGGUCGUGUCUGGGUUGACCUUGGUACAGCAGAUAAUUUUGCCAUUGAUGUACUUCUCAACUGCUUGACAGUCUUGAGUUCAGAAUAUAUAGGAAUUCAACAAAUAGUUUUUGGGGGUCGUAGCAUGGGUGAUUGGGAAGAGGGGAUGACAAGCCCUGAGUAUGGAUAUAAGUACUUCAAGAUCUAAGCUUUAUUGUGUUUUGGAUGCGACUUAAAUAACCCAUUUCUCUGUUCUAGCUCACAAUUUCCGAACUGGUGUAUAACAUACAAUUUCCGAAUUUGUGUAUAUCAUACGUGCUUCAUGUAUCUAUCCUUUUGAUUUUAUGCCA